ACAGGUGAGAGAAUACCUUGGUACCUGCACGUGUCGUGUGCUGGUCUAUGGGAGUGUGUCGUCCUUAUCUUUGAGUUAAUGAAUCAAACGUUUUUUGUCUGAUUAAGAACGAUGGCCCUGAGCCCCUCUGUGGUGUGGGCUCUCUGUCUCCUCCCACUCCUCUCGUCUACGCCCCUGGACGACUAUGUCAACACCCCUGACCUGAACUAUGACUUCACCUACCUCUCCACCAUCAAUGGCGCCGGCUUUAAAGUCUACAUCCUCAACAUGACGUCACAAAAAUGGCUGACAGAGGAAGUGACCACGACCCCCCUCUGGUGGCACUACCUGAGCAUCAUCGUCCCCACAGAGAGGGUGUACACAGACUCAGCCAUCUUGUGGAUCAGUGCCGGCAACAGUGACGACAGCCUCCCCAACACCUCUGACCGCCAUAUCCGCGAGAUGGCGUCACUAGCGGUCAGCACCAAAAGCGUCACAGCCGUCAUCAACCAGGUGCCCUUCCAGCCCACCGUCUUUCUGGACGACCCAACCAGACUACAGCGAUCUGAAGACGCCAUCAUCGCCUGGACCUGGCGACAGUUUCUGGACAACGGCUCCAACCCUGAGAUCCUCUUACGUCUACCAAUGACCAAGGCUGUUGUACGAGGUAUGGACACUGUGGCGCUGUACGCCAAGACAAUCACAGGCGACUUCAUACAUCGCUUCGUCAUCGGCGGGGAGUCAAAGCGUGGUUGGACGACCUGGACAACAGCAGCCGUGGAUAAAAGAGUUGUGGGCAUGGUGCCGACUGUCAUGGAUCUGCUCAACGUCCAGAAGAACCUUCACCACCACUUCCGGUCACUUGGAGGCUGGACGUUCGCGUUUGACGACUACUACAGGGAGAACAUCACCGACGACUUGGACGGCCAGAACAUGCCUAAACUUGCCGCUGUCGUCGACCCGUUAACUUAUGCCAGUCGGUACACGAUCCCCAAAAUGAUCGUGUCGUCUUCAGGGGACGAGUUUUUCUUACCUGACGACUCACACUAUUAUUUUGAUUUGCUACCUGGUCCCACGUUUCUCAGGAUCAUCCCCAACUCCGGCCAUAGUGUGGCCGCACAUUCCGACAGCAACGUGAUGGCCCUGCAGAGUUUCUACCUCAACGUGGUGGAGAGGGCGUCAUUUCCGGUCAUGACGUGGGUCAAGACAGCCACCGACCUGGGCGGUAAGAUUGAACUGACCACGUCAGAAGAGCCGGCCAAGGUCACAGUGUACUACACCAACACCCUGGACGAUGGCAGGCGUGAUUUUAGAGUGGCUGCCCUUAACCCUAACACGGGAGCCCCCAUGCAACACCCUGUUCUUUGGCAGACGACUGGUGCGAUAAAAAUAAAUGAAACACAAUACGAGGCGGUAAUAGAUGCACCUGCGUCAGGAUGGGCAGCCUUUUACAUCCAGGUUCAAUUCAACAGUAUCAAAAACUCCACCCUAGAAUUUACAACGGAAGUAAACAUAGUACCAGAUACGUUUCCUUUCCCAGACUGCUCUGGGUCUUCCUGCUACGGUAAACUUGUAUAAAUUAUAAAGAAAUAAAAUUUAAUUUCUGUA